GGCUGCCCGCCGGUACUUUCAAACAAACUGCAACAGCAGACCUUAUUGUCAUUCUUUGCCUCCUCGUUCCCCCACCACCGCCACCUUAUCGACAACAGCAGUCGCAUACACAAGCACCCCAACAACCACAAACACGCCACGUUCCGCAGCAAGUUGAGCUGACCUCCCAUCGUCACAAUUAGUGUCUGUGCGGCAGGUCUGUCUCCCUUCCCCCAUCCAUCCCUCUUCUCCCUCAACGAUGGCUGGUGGCCGAUGCUGGAAGCCGUUGUUGCUGGCGCUGCUGGUAGCAGCGCUGUGCUGCGAGCAAGUGCUGGCCUUUUCCGUUUCUCCCGCAACCACGACGGUGUCGGAACUGAGCCAGGUUGUGCUGCAAGGCAUGAACCCACCCGAGGAUGCGACGUAUGCGUUCCAGUGGCUGCAUGAUGGUGCACCGCUCGAUCCAGACGUGAACCCAUCAGCCGCAUCCCAAGUGCUGGUCAUCGAGACCAUCCUCGCCAAUGAGGCGGGAACGUAUGUGCUCCGUGCCACUGCGACGAAUGGAAAUGCGGUCGUGGACUCAUCCCCUGCCACCGUGAUGGUCAACUUUGCGCCGCGCAUCCUCCAGCAGCCGCCGUAA